UUUUUUUAAAGGUUGAGUCCGAGUCCCUAUCGAGGUGUCGCGAGAAGCGCCCCAGCGGCUACUUCUCGCGAUGUUUGGAGGCGCGAAAGGCGGCCAUUUUGGGGUCCCCCCCGCUGGUUGCUCCGGCGCUGUCCCCCAGGCUGUGGCUGGGACCAAGGCUGGCCCCGCAGGAGGCCGGCCGGCCGACACUAUGUGGCGGCUCCGCUGCAAGGCCAAGGGUGGCACCCACGUUUUGCAGGGUCUUUCCAGCCGGACCCGCUUACGGGAACUGCAGGGCCAGAUCGCCGCUAUCACCGGCAUCGCUCCGGGCAGUCAGCGAAUCCUCGCCGGCUACCCACCGGAGUGCCUGGAUCUCAGCGACCGGGACAUCACUCUUGGGGACCUGCCCAUCCAGUCAGGUGACAUGCUGAUUGUUGAAGAAGACCAAACCAGACCAAAAGCUUCACCUGCGUUUUCCAAACAUGGUGCUCCUAGUUAUGUCAGGGAAACUCUGCCUGUGCUUACCAGAACCGCAGUCCCAGCAGACAACUCUUGCCUCUUUACCAGUGUGUACUAUGUCGUUGAAGGAGGCAUCUUGAAUCCAGCUUGUGCCCCUGAGAUGAGACACCUCAUAGCACAAAUUGUAGCCAGUGAUCCAGACUUGUAUAGUGAGGCGAUACUGGGAAAAACAAACAGAGAGUACUGUGAUUGGAUCAGAAGGGAUGAUACUUGGGGGGGAGCAAUUGAGAUAUCAAUCCUGUCUAAGUUUUAUCAAUGUGAGAUAUGUGUAGUAGAUACACAGACAGUCCGAAUUGAUCGUUUUGGGGAAGAUGCGGGAUAUACCAAAAGGGUUCUGCUCAUCUACGAUGGCAUUCACUACGAUCCACUUCAGCGGAAUUUCCCUGAUCCGGACACCCCUCCUCUGACCAUUUUCUCCUCAAAUGAUGAUGUUGUUCUUGUGCAAGCACUGGAAUUAGCUGAUGAAGCUAGAAGAAAGAGACAGUUCACUGAUGUAAACCGCUUCACCCUGAGAUGCAUGGUGUGUCAGAAGGGCCUCACUGGACAAGCCGAAGCAAGGGACCAUGCCAGAGAGACAGGCCAUACCAACUUUGGAGAGGUGUGAUCUGUUCAUCCGAGUUGGAGCCUACUACCUCACAGAUCCAGAAGGCUCUGGGUUUUCUAAUAAGCUAUUCACAACCCUACAGAAUAGAACCCAAUGCUUGGACCAUCCUUUUUUCUUAAACCAGUAUGACUGACACUGAAAUUCCUUGUUAAGAUUAAAAUCAGUGUGCAAGUUUACAGAUGUGUGUCUACACUAGUGGCAUGCCCUCUUUCUACUGGGGUGUCGGAAUAGGUGGUUUUGGCCACUUCUGAUGCUAACCCAAAGACUGGAUUGUAUUAUAAACCAGCACCCAGCAGCUUUAGCUUAUAGAAGAAAACAUAUUUUAGGUAAUGUGGAAAGCCUUGUGGAGGGCCACUGGACAUAUACCACAGUGUCUCCAGUAGUUGAUUCCUUUUAAUAACUUUGAAUGAGUUAGUAGUUUCUAAAUUCUGAAUUGAUUCAUCAAAUGAAGAUACUCAGAAUUGUCAAAACUUUUUAUAUUGCAAUUUGGUAGACUUCAUAAGUGUAUCUAACUACUUGCAAGUACAUUAAAUGCAAUUUUACAGGGAUAAGUAUAUCCCUUGAGAAUGUUAUCUAAAACAGGGAUUGGUAUGAUCCUGUUGAGAUUUCUAGUGUAUAAAAGUAGAAUGUGUAAGGGAAAAGGUGCCUGAAGCAGCUUAUUGAAGCUUUAAAAGACUGUUGGCCUUGUGUUUUAAUGCAAUUCAUGUGUUGGUGUUUGUCACAGUAGAUUUUUUUUUAAUGAAGCAGGGUAUGCUUUUUUAAUUGCUGAUUUAGUUUAAAAUCCAAGAAGUAUCUUGAAAAUUUGAGUGUCUGGUUCUUUUGCUUUUUAACAUAUAAGUUUUUCUGGAGGGAUUUGAUCUCCUCGGCUCUUCAGCUCAAAGCACUUCUUACAAACAAGUCUUCCUCUAAAGUGUCAAUGGCGUGCUUUAGUUCCCUGAAAAUCUUUUUUGUAGAUAACAGUGUUCAUAGUUCUACUAUGAUCUUUUGGAUAUUCCACAUUUCUGCAAGUUAGUACUUUGUUCAUCUGUGAUCUUUGACUUUCAGUUUUUAAAUAAUUGAUUUGGUUUGUUUCACUUACAAAAUAUACAAAGUUUUAAAACCCUUGCCUUAUACAGCUCUCUCAGAAUACUGCUGCCUAGUGUCAGGUAUGUAGCCAUUUGCUGGAUGGGUUGAUCCUCAAGGCACGUGCUCUCAAAACUUAGCUUCACUAUAGAAUCUUCCAGGUAAAGUGUUCUACCUCUUAAUUCUUCUAAAGAUCAGGGAUGCUAAGUUAUAAUUUGUUGUAUAUUCUGUCAUACGAUGUAAAGAGGCAUACUGUUGUGAGGUUUGGUAUCUUGAUCUCUCUCAUUCAUUAAAUAUCUCAGAGAACCAUUGACAUACUUUAAAGCACUUACAUCUUUCCAUGAUUCUUCUUAGCAAAUGUUUUAAAAUCAAAGUCAACCCUAAGCCUUUUAUGUGGUAAUGAUGAUUGUCAAAUUAAGGAAUGUUAGCGUGAACAAUUUAGAAAGUUCCUUUAAGGACAGUUGAACAAUUCACAAAGUAUGCUUCAAUCAUCAGAUGACAUUCUUUCUUGGGUUGAGACAAGGUCUCCCUAUGUGUUUCUUGCUGGCCUGGAAUUUGCUAUAUAGACCAGGCUCCUCCAACUCGAAGUGAUCCUUUUGCCUCUGCCUUCUGAGUGUUGAGAUUACAGGUGGGGGCCACCAUACCUGGCCAGAUGACUUUUCUUGAAUACCCUUUGUGCACAUAGUCAGGCAGGCAGUGGCAUUAUUAUAGUAAUAUAAAUUGAAAAUGUUUAAUUUUCUUUUUUUAAACUGAGCCUUAAAGAUAGUACUAGUGAGCUUAGGAUGCUGAGCGUUUGGUGUUCAUGACAUGUAAAUGACUGUCACAGAAGUCUCUUUGUACUUGUCAUCUAGUUUAGAUUUUUUAAAAACUCUUGUUUCCUCUAUAAAAUAUUUAAUUGAAAGCUGUACAUUCAGAAUGUAACACUGGGUUCUGCAUUGUAUUUAUCAAGCUUGCCUUCCUUCCUUACCACUUGAGCAUCCAAAUUCAGUAUCUCUAAACUUUGGAUCCAGAAGUUUGUUCAUGCAACAAGUAUUUAUUGAAUAACUUAUAAUGUGCCAGGCAUGUUCUAUUUUUUGAAAAUAAAUUCCUGUCACUUUAAAAUUGAGUCUAUAUAAUGUACAGAGGAUUUGUUUAGUAAAUGUAAAGAAGUAGAAUGAGCACUGGUAUCUUAAAAUCAAAUCUUUGUUCUAAGUGUUAUUUGUAUGUCUUGUUUAGUAUUUAUUUAGGGGAUUGUUUCUUAUUCUAUUUUAUCUUUCACUUGGUUUGUCCGGUUGCCAGGUAGACACUUGAUAGUAAAAUGGCUUUCAAAAAGACAUUUUAAUCAUUUGCUGAUAUGAGAACUAGUUUUAGAGUAAGUAGUGUUUUUGUUGUGAAACAUUCCAGGUGAAGCAUUAUAUGCAAAUUAUUUCAUUAUUAAUUUCUGUUCAUUCCAAAUACAAGCUGUUAAGCCUCACAGAAUUUAAAAGUUUUGUUAUAUAUUUUCCUGUAUUUAUUAAGCUCUUGAAAUUAUUGUGAGGAAACUCAUUUUUAGAAUUUUGAAAAAAUCUGUGAAUUUAGUUGCAGCAAAGCUAAAA